GUAUAUUCGGAAAAAUAUCGAUUUUCAAUACGGCUACGUCUCUAGUACUACGGCCAUAUUUAUUUUUCAACAUAACCUGUGUGUAAGUGAGAAUAAUAAGGGUCAUAGGUUUUCACCGGGAAAGAAAGAGAGUUCCAACUAUUCAUGAAUUAAUUGUAUAACAUAAUAUAGACAUGAAACGCAUGCUAGUGUGGGUUUCCUUAUCGUGUUAAAAUCAAUGUAUGAAGUUAACCGUCUCUCUAGUUUAUUGGUCUCUGUAACAAACCAUAACGUCAAACUAAUGUCAAACUUAGCUUAGCAAAUGCGUGAGUUGGGGUCAGGAAUUUAUAUUUUUUUUAUACAAAACAAAACAUAUUUUCCUUUACGUUACGAAAAACAAAAAUAUAUUUUAUACAGUGAAAAAAUUAUCUACAAAUGAGUAGUUUCACGACCCUCCGGCUGAACGAGGAUGAGCUGACAUCUCCAUCGUCCGACGAGAAGAUGGACACGGGCUCGGAGUCGUUCCGCUCGCAGGACACGCCCAGCUCCGUGCUCUCCGACUUCGAGGACCGCGACCCGGAGCACGGCGUGCUGCGGCUACAGAACCCCGACCAGCCCGCCACCGACAAACUGAACUUCAACGAUAGUCUCAUUACGAAAAUGUCCAAUCUGAAGAUUGAUUCUCCGAAAACAGAGGGCAGGCCGCGGAAUCUGGGCAUCAGUCCGCCGCGGUUCAGUUCUACGCUCACCCUGACCACCAACCACCCGCUGAUGGGCCUCGGCAGUCCUGACGAGAACUUCCCUGACGUCAUCCCGAAGAAGCUGCACAAGAUCGAGGAUGAGAAGGACCUCAGCCUGUCGAGCAUUGAGGAUGAACGACACAACUCCACCGGCUUCUACAGUCCUCAAAGGAACACUUCAAAAAAUAAUUUAUAUUUCACGGAGAACUUCGUGACUGCCGAGAGCCAUAUAUUUAACGACAGUCUUGAUGCCAUCCCUCCUGAUGUCGCGAGGGUCGACAAGGUGGAGAGGAGGAAGAUCGCCGCUAAGUUUAACGAGUCGAAAGCGCUCACUCCACUGAACGUCGGAGGGAGACACGAUAGUGCCAUAGGGAACUGCCUGGAUGCGAGAAUAACUAGUCAGAGCACGCCGAAGUGUCACAGCCAGCCCGUGGACGUGACGCGCGAAGAGUAUCACACUGGGGUGGCGGAGUGGUGCGAGUCGCCGUCACAUCUGCGCUCGAUGCCCAACUUCCAGCUGCCCAUCGAGAUGUCGACGAGUAUACAGAUCAAUAACGACUUAGAAUCUCCCGACGCGAUAUCGGCAUCCACGCCCGAGGAGCGGUCCGCGUACCAGGCGCUGCUGGACCCGUACACGGGCAACGUGGCGCUCCGACACACCGCCGCGCGCAGCCCCAACACGCAGAGGAGGAAGAUACAACUCCCGCCGGACGACGACCGCUGCAGCCUGGAUAGCGUGAGCGCGUGCUCUAUGGAGUCAGAGGAGGAGCCCCCGGAGCCGCCACAGCCGCCGGGGCCGCGGGCGGAGCACCCGCAGGAGUCUCCGCGCCCGCCCCGCCAUCACGAACCGACCCUCAGCGACGAUGAGGAUACUAAGAGAUCGAUAUCGACGAACACGAUGAGUUCGUGCAGCGAGCCGAUCCCGGAGUACUCGGCGGCGGAGGAGCUCAGCAACGAGCGGGCUUGGGUGUCCGUGUCGCGCGGCAACACGCGCGCCACCUGCGACAUGAAGGUGAUCGAGCCGUACAAGCGGGUGUUGUCGCACGGCGGGUACGACGCGCGCGGCGCCGCGCUGAUCGUGUUCAGCGCCUGCCACCUGCCCGACAACAAGCGGCCCGACUACACAUACGUCAUGGACAACCUCUUCCUAUACGUGAUCUGGACGCUGGAGCGGCUGGUGACGGACGAGUACGUGCUGGUGUACUUGCACGGCAGCGCCGGCCGCCGCCGCCUGCCCACCUUCCACUGGCUGCACGAGUGCUACAAGCUCAUCGACAGGAGGUUACGCAAAAGUCUGAAGCAUUUGUACCUGGUGCAUCCAACUUUCUGGCUGAAGUCCUUCGUCAUACUCACCAAGCCGUUCGUCAGUUCGAAGUUCUUCCGCAAGUUGAGUUACGUGCGCAGCCUGGCGGAGCUGGCGGCGCUGGUCCCGGUCGAGCCCAACGCCAUCCCCGACCAGGUCAAACAGUACGACGCCACCCGCACGCACUAACCGACACAGCGACAACUCGUAAUUCCACGGUGGAAAGGCGAAUUGAAUAACGAAAUACCUUAAGCGACAUUUUGUUUUUUAAAAAGGUAAACUGUAUUCGAAAAACACAGAAAAAUGAGUACAUUCCAAAUAUAUAUAUAACCUUAAUAUAUAAUAUGGCGCAUAAAAUGUCGCUUAGCCUUUCAACUGGGAAGUUAUACAGUAUCCUUGUACUAUUUAUACUCAAAGCGCCAAAUAUAGUCAAACCCGAAUUAAUGUAUACGUUAACAAGAUGUCCUAUAGUUACUUUGUAAUACAUAACUGGUCUUUUUCGCAUAUACUUUCAUUUGGGUCUGAUUGUACGUCUUCAAGCGCCAUGUACGUAUAGUACAGGCCGGCAUAAUUCUGCCGACUGAUACGAGUUGGUCUGAUUAUGUCAUCAGGUACAAUAUGUCAAAAGUGAAUUAACGAAUUUGCGUAUUACACGCUUAUUAUGCGAACUAGUUUCGUUUGGACUUGCCUUUUAUCACGAUUAUAGAUUUGUUUGUUGGUGUAACGUUGCAUUUCAUAGAAAAAGAAAAUGUUACGGAUCUUUUCGGUUUCAAAUUGAUUACCAGUGAUGAUAUUCUUAGAAAAUGUAUUUUUUAUUUUAUUUGGAAAUCUUUUUUAUUUUUUUAUAUUCAUAACAUUUGUAGAAAAGAUAUAAAUAUCAUAACGCGUACAUACCCCGCUACCUGAAUCUAUUUUGUGAUAAUUUUGAUUCCAAAAAAAAUAUAAAAAAUAUCAAUUUGUUAAGCAAAAUUUAUCGAAAUGUUAUUUUUUUGUAGGAAAAAAUACCACAACAUUCCAUAUCCUGUAUUUAUGUCACGUUACAAAUUAUUUGAAAACACGAAAUAUAAGCGAAAUUGCGUUCUUGCUGGAGUUUUUAAAGUUCAAUAGAUAUUCGAUAGACCUAGUAAAAAAAAUAUUUUCAAUAAUAAAAAAAUACGAAUUUUGCCUGAAAUUCAUAAUAUGAACAAUAAAGUCUGCGCUCCUUGGGUAUAAUAAUUUCGACUCUGUCUACCCUUUUAUGUAUGUAUAGUGGAUUGUGUCAUUUGUAUAUUCUUCUUCGAGAGUUUUUAACGUAUGAGAUAUAGGGACCACGUUACAAACAUCACACUAAUGAUUCAAUGUUAAUACUAUUUCAAAUCCAGAUUCUAUAACAAUUUUCUAAGCUCAACAAAAUGUCUACAUCUUUAUUUCUCAUGCAUGCCGCUAUUUUUAAGUAGAUAUUUCUAUUUCGUCUCCAGCUAUAAGUAAGACUAAGUAAAGGACGUAAAUAUGUAUUUCUUAAAACCCUAAAGGAACGCAAUUUUGUUUUUGAACAGCAAAUGUCCUGUGAUAAUAUAAAUGAGCAAUAUUAACGGACACUAAUUAUAUAUAGAUAAAUAUAUUCGUUUGUUUUGUAGAUAAAUGUUGUGCUUUACGUCUCCCAGAAAGUAGGGGAGACUGGACAUAGAUGGUGUAUCUGUUUUCACCCGCCUUCCCUUAAUUUGGGAUGAAGUGGUUUUGCCUUGAUAUACUCAUAUAAUAAUAUUUUUUUAAACAUUUUGUGUCAAAUGAUUUUCGCAUUGUCAUAAAAACAUGUUAGAACGGAACGGAUUGAAUUUCGAAAUGUUUAGAAGUGCAAGCGCAAACAGCAAAUGAUACACGUUUCUAAUCAUGUUACGUUCUUUUGUUGGUAAUUAAGGGUAACGUCAAAGGGAUAUCGGCGAAUUGAUAUUUUUUUAGAAAAAAUUUGACAUGUCUUCACUUCUUAAUUAAGGAUUGGUAGGUGAAAACGAGUAUAAAUAGCUAAUAUAUUUUAUAGAGCUAGUUCAGAUCGCUUUGCACAAAGAAACUACGCGGUAUUAUUACAAACAACGCCAUAUUUAUGUCAACGCGUAGAAAGCAAAGUCAAAAGCAAGUAUUUCUAUCAGGUAUAAUUGUUUUGAUUAACGAAAGACAGGAAAGUAGAAAAUCACAGUUAUUGUAAUACUAGGGAUGUCUUUUCAUAUUCAUGGCCGGUUUUACAACUUUUAAGACAGAUUAAUGUAUAAACCAAAUAAAUACAAAAGUCCUACUGUAAUAGAUGCUCCCAAAUAACAAAAUGAACACUGCUACAUUAGCUUUUUAACAUGAUAACUUGUAAAUUGUAAAACGGGCCCUCAGUUCAGGUUAUGUAGAUAUUGCUUUUAAUCCUAUUAUAAUUAAGUAAAACUGGUAACUUAUGACUUAUGGCUAGACGAGUAUCCGUAGCCAAGAUUUUUGGUCCUUCAAGCCGGAUCAUUUAGAUAAAGCAAAAUUUUUAUUGUAAUUAUGUGUGUCGUAUGAUAGAGAAAUUAUUUUUUGUUGUAACAACUUUUAAAGUUAUGGUGAAAACGAAACGCGAAUCUCAAAUUUAAACUUGUUUUUUUAUUUUCUGUUGAUUUUAUCCGUCGAUAGAAAAUAUAGGUAAAGUGUAUAAAUAAAAAUAAUUUUAAUUCAUAACAUGUCAGAAUUUUUAAGGCAGUUUGUUAAUCGACGCAGAAGUGGGAAAAGACGAAAUGUAUUCUGUUGCAACUCGGCUGCGUUUCAAAACUCACUUUACGUAGUCCUAAAAAUCCUAUCACAUGUUAUAUCAAUAAUGUUUUCGGUGAUUUCGUCUUCUCAACAUAGUUUGAUUGUUUGUCGCAUUUAUUAUUCAAACACUGUACAUACAAUCCAUAAACUUGACUUCCCAAAUUGUAUAAAUCGUAAAUAAAAAAGAUAAACUAUUAAUUUCAUAAAUUACGGCCGUUUCAAUAAACGAUCUCAAUCGUAAUCUUCGAUCCAUUUCGGAGAAUAUACCAGUCAAAUAAGUCAUUAGUAAGCAUGUUAGAAAAACUGCUCUGAUUGGUUCAUUUUCGUAGAUCGAUAAAACCGAUUGCGAUCGUUUAUUGAAAAAAGCGGUUAAACGUCAUUUUAAUCCGACGUUAGGUUGACAUGUUAUGAAUUAGGGAUUUUAGAUAUACCAAACUUUUUUUUCACAUUGCCAUUAUUAGUUUUUAACGUGUAAAGGUUGGAAUUGAUAAACGAUCUUAAUCUAUAUCUAUGGAUCGAUCCCAAAAAUGGCCAAUCGGAAUAAAGUUUGUUUAUUAUGCUUACAUUUUACUUAUGUUGUUUGGUUUAAUCUUUGGAUUCAUCCACGGAUAUCAGUCAAGAUCAUUUAUUAAUUUCGGACGUUUUAAUUAUAAGGUAUUAUUGUUUUCUAAGUUUAGUUUUGUAAAUGUAAGUAAGAACUGGUUUUACUGGUUACGAGGUUCACUAAAGAGGUUAGUGUAAGAGAAUAAGUCGAGCCAGUAUUUUUAUUUAUUGUUUUGUGAGUUGGAAAGAAGAUUUGUCGUAUAUCUAUAAAUUAUUCAAAUAUACAUCGUGUGCCUCAAUUUAUUGCAAAGUAUUGUAUAUAAGCGCGUUAUACAUGGUGUCCCAUAAAAUCUGAUAUAUUUAAUUAUAUUAUGGCGGGCAAAUUUUGAUUAUUGCCAGUUCUCAUUAUGAACUACAUUUUAUUAUAGUCAUGUGAAAUACCUAUCAUUCUCAUCUAUAUUUGUUUGAGAAUACUUCAAUAUGUGGUUUCUUUAAAGUUAUAACAAUAUCUGCGACAAAACUCCGUUCCCGACCACAAACGUAUGAGAUGAAGGAGUCUCAUAGCUUUAAUAGUAAUUAGUACCUGUGUUUAAGGCCAUAUGUCGGUUUAGUUUUAUCCGCUUUUUAUUAUAAAAUGCAGACUUAUUUUGGCUCAAAAGCACUGUGGCUAUAAGCCUUAGAGAGUUUAUUAAACUCUACCGUCACCGAAAA